AAUUUGUUUUACAUAGUAGAGAAAUUCAAACAAAUUACCGCGAAAACAAAAAAUGCAAAAAAAUAGAAAUCUUUAAUAUCUUUCAAAUUUUGAUAGGGCCCCGGUGUCUGAUUUUGAAGCCAACAUGGGCGAAUUCGAAAGGGAGGCUCAGCGUGCUGGGUUAUUCAGUGGACCACUGUCUUCUUGCGAGUCUGAGCUUCAAGAAUUAAUGAGGCAGAUAGACAUCAUGAUGGCCAGUCGUAAAAGGGAAUGGGAGAUGGAGAUACAUGCAUUGCAAGCAAGACUUGAUAUCAAAGACAAGGAGUUAAUAACCUCCAGAGCUCAGAUUGAAACAAAGCACAAAGAGGUUGGCCAACUGCGUCACAGCCUGCAAAUGUCAGAAUCGUCCCAGCAAAAUAUAACCACACAAUAUGAUCAACAGAUAUCGCAACUAAGAAAGGAGCUUAGUGGUCUACAAAAGGAUUAUGAAAGAGUACAGAAACAUCACAGCAGACUGGCUGCUACAUCGCAGAAACACAGGGAUGACAAAAUAGAAGAAGCAAGUAGACUAGAAACUGAUUUGCUUCAAGCUGAGUUACUCAUUAAGGAUUUUGAAGAGAAGGCUAAAGCUUGGGAAGCACAGAGAAGGAUCUAUAAACACCAGGUUGAGAGUCUUGAAUCUCAGAGGAAGACUCUGGCAGACAAAAAUCAACUGCUCCUGCAACAAGUGGAGAGCUACCGGGAAGAAUUGGCAAAAACAAGGCAAGCAAAUGAGCAGCAAGAUCUUAAUUACAAGUCCAGAGUUGUUUACUGUGAGGCUGAAUUAAAUCGGGUUCAUGAUAAAUUAAAUGAGAGGGAUAGCAGGAUUGCUGCCUUAGAAGACAAUUUGCAAGAAAUUACUAGCAAAAAAACAACUACUGCUGAUGAAAAUAUAAGGAUGAAGACAGAACUACAAAGAAGGAAUAAAGAUGUCCAGCGGCUGGAAGAUGAAAUGACACAGCUGCGUAUUGAAAUUCAGUCACGUGACGAUCUUAUAAAAGUCAGCGAAGAAGACACCCAUCUCCAAAAUAAAGAAAUAUCACAAUUACAAGAAAGUCUGGCACUCAAAGACAAUGUUAUAAGAACACUGAAAUCUCAGAGUAAAUUGCAAGAGUCAAUGGAGUUUGAUCAACUAGCAAACCAGUUGGAGGAAAAACAGAGGGAGAACAAAAAACUACACGAAAAUGAGAAAACGUUACGGGAUGAGAUUCUUCGACUUCAACACAGUCUUGAUGACACACACCGAGAAUGUGCUCAACUUAAUUUGGAGCUAGCAAGUAAGAUAGAUGAACUGAGACACCUUGAAGGAACAGAGCUGAAAGAGCGGAAUGAUACGUACACGAAGUUAUCCGAGAAAUGCAGGAGUCAAGAAGAUGUCUUUCAGUCUACAUUGGAAGGAAUGCGCAAAGAAAUUGCUUCACUUACAAAAGACCUUCACGAUCGGGACAAGGAUGUGGCUUAUUUGAGCACCAAAGUUUCUACAUUACAAAAUAAACUCACAGAGUCUUCAAGAUUAGAAGAUUCAAAGAAUCAAAUACAAGUAGAGAAUAGCUUAUUGAGACAACAUCUAAACACACUCCAACACCAAGUGGAAUCGGCUGAACAUAAUCUAAGAGAAAGACUGAGCAACCAAUUACAAGAAGCAGACAUUUCCAUUGCUGAGAUGAAAGAAGAUGAAGAGAGGAAACUUGAAAUCUUGAGGAUUGAGCAUAGAAUCCAGCUUCAAGAGAUGAAAAACCGCCUUAGUGAGACAGUCAACCGAUAUGAAGCACAAAUUGAGAAGUUAAAGGCAGAUAAAGAGAGUUCACAUUUCAAUGAGAGUGAAGGCAGACAUUCCAUUAAACAUUCAUCGUCAAAUAGGCAUAAAUUUUUCCAAAAUCCGGAUACAUCUCAAGAGUUACUCAGUUUUCCAGAGCUUAUAACGCAGUCACAGUCCUUCCAGUAUGAGCGUCCUAAUUCCAGGGCUUCCGUGACGAGUAGCUUUGUUGCUGAAAACAAGAAACACACUAACGAUCUGGAGAAACUGCUCAAUCACCACAUCACAGAUCUUGAGAAGAGAACUGAUGAGACAAUAGGUCGCUAUAUUCCUAAGCCAAACACUGGUACAGACGUUUAAUGUGUCAAUCACCCAGUGAUUUUAUUUUAAUAAAAUGAUGGCAGAUCCAAAAAGCAUAAUCCACAAAUGAUUAUAGUAUUAUAUAAUUUAAAAUUUAAAUAAUCUUUAAAAUUACAAUAACAUGUAAAUUAACACAAAUAUGAAUUGAACACUACAUUUUAUAGUAAAUAAAUUUUCCAAAAUGAGUAUGUUUA